AUGCCUCCUUCUCGCACGUCCAACCGCAAGCGCCAGGCUGGCUCCAAGUCUGCCUCGCCCGAACCGCCAUCGAAGAGACGCGCCAAUGGCAAUUCCUCUCCAAAGAAAGGGUCGACACAGGAUGAUGAUGACAACAACGGUUAUGUCCUAAGAGAGUUUUAUCCCCCAGAGAUGAGUAACAAACGAUGCCUGGAAUACGCGCAUGACGAGAUUACAAGACCUAUCGAGGAGCUCCAAACCGCGAUUGAAGAAACAGCAGAGGCUCGCAAAAACAUUAAAGUUAAAAACUCCGUUGUACAUUGGUUCAAACGAGAUCUCCGCACGCAAGACAAUAAAUCAUUGGCUUUGGCAAGUGAGAAGGCGAAGGAUGCUGGUGUACCGUUGAUCGCGCUGUUUAUUGUCAGUCCACAAGAUUAUCAGGCCCAUCUGACCAGCUCGCCUCGCGUCGAUUUUGAGCUGCGGACGCUACAGAUUCUUAAGAAAGAUCUGGCGCAGCUGGAUAUCCCACUAUACGUGGAGACGGUGGAGAAGAGAAAGAAAGUUCCGUCCCGAGUUGUUGAGCUCUGCAACGAGUGGGGCGCCAGUCAUGUUUUCUGCAAUAUCGAAUAUGAAGUAGACGAGUUACGGCGUGAAGCGAAAUUAACACGACUCUGCGCUGAGAAAGGCAUUGAAUUUUCAGCUGUCCAUGAUACUUGUGUUGUCCCGCCAGGUGAGCUGGCAAGCCAGCAGGGCAAACAGUACGCUGUUUAUAGUCCAUGGUUCCGAGCAUGGAUUGCGCAUCUGCAUAGCAAUCCUGAUCUUCUGGAAAAAUACGAUUCGCCAGGAAAGAAUUCAAAAGACUCAAGAGAAAAAUUCAAGAAUCUGUUUGAUAGUUCUAUCCCAGAUGCGCCGGCUAACAAGAUGUUGAACGACGAAGAGAAGAAGCGAUUCCACAGUCUUUGGCCGGCCGGCGAGCAUGAAGCUCACGACCGACUGGAUAAGUUCUUGAAUCAGAAGAUUGGACACUACACAGAGACAAGGAACUAUCCUGCGGCAAACAGUACUGCUUUGCUCAGCGUGCAUUUCUCAUCUGGAACACUCAGCGCACGGACGGCAGUCCGGCAGGCGCGCGACGCAAACACGACGAAGAAGCUGGACGGAGGGAACUCGGGCAUCACUGGGUGGAUCAGCGAGGUUGCCUGGAGAGAUUUUUACAAGCAUGUUCUUGUUCAUUGGCCAUAUAUCUGCAUGAAUAAACCAUUCAAACCAGAAUAUGCAAACAUUGAAUGGUCCUAUUCCGAAGAUAAUUUUCAGAAGUGGUGCCAAGGUCAAACAGGGUACCCAAUCGUUGACGCGGCCAUGCACCAACUCAAUCACAUGGGCUACAUGCAUAACCGGUGCCGCAUGAUCGUGGCUUCUUUUCUGUCAAAGCACUUACUCAUCGAUUGGCGCAAAGGCGAGCGCUACUUUAUGGAACACUUGAUCGAUGGCGAUUUUGCCAGCAAUAAUGGUGGUUGGGGUUUCUCCUCGUCCACCGGUGUCGACCCUCAGCCAUAUUUUAGAAUUUUUAAUCCGUUGAUGCAGAGUGAGCGAUUUGACCCUGAAGGAGAGUAUAUUCGCAAGUGGCUACCUGAGCUCAAGGACGUGGAAGGAAAAGCGAUUCACGCGCCUUAUGAGAGAGGAGCCGAGAAAAUCGCCGCGAAGAACAAUUACCCUAAACCGAUGAUAGAGCACAAAUUUGGCAGAGACCGCGCGCUGUCAAAGUACAAGGAAGGACUAGGAAGGGACACAGCAUGA